CUACCCUGUGUGUGUGUUUUAACCAUAUAUUGUGGCUAUGCAAAUAGGGCUGUGUGAUCCCCACUCCCUGGUUGGACCACGACGGCAGAGGCGUGACUGCAACCAGGAGUCCUGCGAUUGGUGCGGCGCUCACCAGGCUGACCAACCGAAAACUGCCAACUCUUUUAAAAGCGUUGGCAGUUCAACUGAACGAGGACCCAGAGGAAUGCUGCUGCUGCUGCUGCGGCUAGUCAACAUGGCGGACCAAAACAAGACAGGCACCGAGGGGAAGUUAUUCAGUGAAAUUUUAAGUCCAUCUGAGCUGUUUGCAGCCCGGUCCAGGAGUCACAAGAUCCCAGUCAGAGGACAGAAGGACUUCUUCCCCAAUGAUUCAGAUGAGCAAAGGCAGCGGCUUGAGCAGAGUCUGAAUGAACACUGGAGCCUCACAUCAGAGGAGCGAGUGGAGAGGCUAGGAAACCUCGUGAAGGCCGUAUGGAUUCCAAGUGACCAGAUUGUGGAGCUUCAGUCUCCUGCUGGAAAGUUCUGGCAGACGAUGGGCUUUUCUGCAAAUGGCAAACAGUAUCUCCUUCCGGAAGAGGCUCUCUACCUGAUGGAGUGUGGAAAUGUGCAGGUGUUUUAUAGGGACCUGCCGCUUUCCAUUCAGGAUGGGUAUGAGAGAUUUCUGUCCUCCGCCACAGUGACCCUCCAGCAAUAUCAGGUGUUUGGGCAUUUGAAGAGACUCGGCUAUGUGGUGCACAGAUUUGAUCCCAGUUCUGAGCCUUCGUCCUACGCGAGGCAGCUGAACUUGCCUCAGUCACGAGACAGAGCAGGGAGACAGCUGAAGAGGAAACGCAGCCCCAGUCCCACAGCAACGUGCAGUUAUACCGAAGCACAAGUGGAGUCCACCAUUGAGAAAAUGGAAGAGGAUAAAUGUAGCCUUGAAGGUGAUGACGCUAAAAAACUUGCAGCCUCUCCAGACAUCCAGACUGCCACCACAAGUGGAGCAGAUGAAGGCAGGAGCUGGUGGAUGACGGAUGACCUUGGGGCCUCAGACAAAGAAUUACAUCAUAGCCCCACUUCUGGCUCCUCACGCUGGGACUUCAGCUCCAUCCCAUUCCCUGAUGUGGGCUCCAGUGAGCGCCACCCCAGCUGCCUGGCCCCUCCAGAACCCUCCCUGCUGCCGGGGGAUUUGACUGUGGGAGUCUGUGACAUUGCCUCCUGGAGGAGGAAAAUAAACCUGCGGAUGGUGAAGAUGUCCUCAAAGGAGCAGAAGAGGGAAAAGGACACGCGCAGGCGACGGUGGGAUGUCAACAAAGACAGAGAGGUUCGGCGGUGCAGAAACUGGGCAGAGUAUCAUGAGCUCCUGGCGAGGCGGCAGAGGAAGCGUAAAGGCCGACCAGCACACUUGUGGAACAGGGAAGUUACUCCAUUACAUGACCCAAAACAGCCAAUCUCCACUGGCGAGCUGUUGGACAAAAUCAGUGUGAUUAAAUCUACACAUCUGCUCGAGGGAGCAUCCAGGUUAAAAGGUUCAGAGCAGUGGAGGAUUUGUUUCAAUGUUUACCAGCCUGAUACGGUGGCUGACUUCAAGAAGAGCAACCCGGGGAAACCAUACUCCCGCAUGUGUGUGUGCAGCUUCGAUGGUCCUGUACCUGACCUGAGAGCGAUCAAGCUGCUGGCCUUCCAGAGCGGAGACAUCCCAGUGGUCUUCGCUGUGGUGGACCACGGAGACAUAUCCUUCUACACCUUCAAAGACUUCCAGCUGCCCACUGAUGUGUUCCCCUGAGACGCAUUUGUCCAGGACUUUUAAAUACAUUUGUAUCUGGCUGCAUAUGUGCAAAUGUUUUUUCUAUGUGCCUGACCAUUGAUUUACAGUGGAAGGGUAGGUUUAGUGCCCAAGUUGUUAUUGGAAAAAGUGGAUUUAUCAGUUUUCGUUUUUGCAUAUUUCUUCUUUUAUCUAUGGGACUAAUAGAUCAUCAUUAUUAUCAUCAGCAUCAUUAUUUUCUGCAACAAAUGGUGAUUGAAAACUUUAUAAAUCCUUGUGGGAAAUAAAUUGUUGCUACAGCAACCAAAAUUACAGUCAAAUAUGCAAGAAAAAAACACCAGGAACACCAGCUGUUGCCAUAUUGACAUAGUUUUAUAGUGUUUUGUUUGCAAAGAAUAUUUAAGAAAUUAAACUUUGUGCAAAAUAUUCUGAUUUAGUCAGAUUUAAUGAUACUGUAUGUUUUAUACUUUAUUUCUUCCAGUUGAGGUUUUAACAAUGUACCAGUAUUUCAGAAAUGAAAUACUGAUAUCAUGGUAGUAGCACACAUGAUAAUAUUGUAAUUCAGGACUAAUUUACACUCCAACUUAGGGACAAAAUACAGUACACUUAUUUCCAUCUCUUUACACUUGUAUUUUGAGUUCAGUCUAUUUGCCAAAAAGAGACCGAAAACACAAUAAACAACAUUAAAAUGA